AUGGCACCAAAAAAAUAGGAAUAGGAACCAAUAAGGUUAAGUACAAGAACAGCAUCCAAGAAGGUUGAUUACUUAUAGCUCUCUAACGGUAAGCUCGAAGACUUUUUUGAUGAUUUAGAAGAGGAUAAUAAACCCGCCAGAAAUCGUUCUCGCUCCAAAAAGAGGGGCAGAAAGCCAUUGAAAAAGGCCGAUUCUCGCAGUAAGACACCUUCUAGGGUUUCUAACGCAAGAGGGCGCUCUAAAUCUUUAGGACCACGCAAAACCUACCCUCGCAAAAAAAAUUUAUCCCCUGACAAUUAACUCUCUCUCCUUCUUAAGUGGAGAAAUGAUAAAAUUCCUUUAAAGUCAGCCUCAGAAACAGAUAACAAAUGCAAAGUUGUUAAUGUGAAGAAUAUAUUUAAAUCUGAUUUGAGUAAAUAUGGAGCUAAUUUGUAAGCUUUAUUUAUAAAUGCUCUUUGGAAAGUUAAGAGCAGAAAAGAAAAAGAAGGAUUAAAUAUAAAUGAUUUAAGUAACUUAAAAAUUCCUCUCUCUUUAAUGAAAAAUGGAAUCUUAUUUAUUUGGAGCGAAAAAGAAAUUUUAGGAUAAAUAGUAGAAAUCAUGGAACAAAAAGGAUUUACAUAUAUCGAAAACUUUUCAAUUAUGUUUUUAGGCUUAAACAAAUGCCUUUAAUCUAUCAACCACAAAGACGAAGAUUCAUAGAAUUCAACAGCCUCAACUAACAAUACAAAUAAUGAAGCCAUAACAAGCGAUUUGACCUUAAAAGAUACUUCUAAAUUUUCUGAUUAAAUACAAGAUAACCAUAGUGAAGAUUCUGAUUAAGCAAGAAAAUAGUAAACUCCUGAUGAUAUUACAUAAAAGAAAAACAAACUUUUAAAAAAGUCCUCUGUUCCUAGUAUUUAAAAGCUAUUUGAGGAAGACCCAGUUUAAACUCCAUCUGUAAAUAAACCAAUAGAAAAAAGCAUAGAACAAGUUACCUAAGAAAAGAAAUUUGUUAUGAAUAAUUUAGAUAUACUAAAAUCAACCGACAUCAAUAACCUAUUUUUAAGAAAUAAUUACCCUUACUUUAAAAAAACUAGACAUACACUCCUUAUGUUUAGAAGAAUUGGAGAUAAAAAUUAAAAAUUAGAGCUCAGACAUUAGAGAACUUCUGAUGUAGUUUUUGAAGUUACAGAUGAGCAAGACCCUUCAAAAGUAGACACUAUGAUGAAAGAAUAUGUUUAUCAGAUGAUAGAAACAUUAUUGCCAAAAGCUUAAUUUAUUCCUGGUGUAGAUAAACACCUUAAAAUGAUGGAACUGUAAAAUUAGUUAAUAUUUUUACUAUUUAAAAACUUAAAAAAUUAUUAAUUAAAAUAGAUUUGCUAGCACUGA